ACAGACAUCUUGCAUGUGUUUUUUGGUGAAGCGUUACGUAAAGAGAGCAGACAGACAAUACUGUAUUAGAUGUCGUUUUAACUUCAGCAAAGCAUAAUUGUACUGGUAUAAAAGCUAUCUUGUGGCUUAUUUGUUCUAUGAAUUAUGUUUUAGUUGCACGCAAUAUGUUUCAGGCUGACUCCACCUGCUGGUUUAAGCAUCUUGAGCACAUUAUUACACGCAACGUCAUCGGCUGACUGCUGGCUGUACACUAGUUGAACUGACACUGAAGAAGGUGGAUCAGUGCGUCAACUCACGAGUUUUUAUUUAAAAAGGCUCAGUUUGAAGGAUUAUAUUACCAGAUAUUUCUUUCUCCAAGCUUCAACAUCGAUUGUGUUUAGUUUUCUGGAUUUCAGACAGCGCGUGGUGUUAAAGCAGCAUGUCAAGGUCAGAUUUCCCUCCGGGUUACGAUGAUUCGCGGCUGCUCUCUAACCCUCAGCCUGGAGGAGGUUACCCUGCUUCUGUCCCCCCAUAUGGCUUCAACGCAUACGGGGGACAGCCACCUUACCCACAGCCCAAUGAUCCAUACCGAGGCCAGCCUGCGGACGCAUACGGGGGACAGCCACCUUACCCACAGCCCAAUGAUCCAUACCGAGGCCAGCCUGCGGGAUACCCCCCGCCAAGUAUACCUGUCAUCCCCGUCAUUCCUCCUGGUUUAGGUGAUAAUGAAGGAUUUACCACAACAGGAGGAUUUGACGAUAUUAGUGUCCGUCACACUUUUAUACGAAAAGUUUAUCUGAUCCUCGGUGCGCAGCUUCUGGUCACAGCUACCAUCGUGGCUAUUUUCACAUUUGUGGAACCUGUAGGAGUGUUUGUGAGGAAAAAUCCAGCCAUUUACUGGGUUUCAUAUGCUGUCUAUUUUGUCACUCACUUGGUAUUGGUUUGCUGUCAGGGACCCAGGAGGCGUUUCCCAUGGAACCUGAUCCUGUUGGCCAUUUUUACACUGGCCUUAUCGUUCAUGACUGGAAAUAUAGCAAGCUAUUACAGCACUAAGGCAGUUUUCCUGGCCCUGGGCAUCACUGUUCUUGUGUCUGUUGCGGUGACAGUGUUCUGCUUCCAAACUAAGGUGGAUUUCACUAAAUGUUCAGGUUUUUUCUGUGUCCUCGGAAUCGUAGUGUUUGUGACUGGCAUCAUCACGGCUAUCGUGCUGUCAUUCAAAUACAUCCCAUGGCUUCACAUGCUCUAUGCAGCAAUAGGGGCCAUUGCAUUCACUCUGUUUCUGGCCUAUCAUACCCAGCUGCUCAUCGGGAAUAGGAAGCUCUCCAUCGGGCCAGAGGAGUAUGUGUUUGCGGCUCUCUCCCUUUAUGUUGACAUUGUCCAGAUCUUCAUCUUCCUUUUGCAAAUUAUUGGAUAUGCAGAGAGAUAGAAGCUUUAAGCUGGCCGAUGGACCUUUUCUGUUUUGUCAUUGUUUAUGCACUGUGCAGUGUCUUCUCAAUCCAGACCUAACUAACAUGUACUCAAAUAAUACAGAACUUGUAAAACAUAUCUAGCUUUAUACUGCUGAAACAACUGGUAAGGAAUGAAUAUCAUUUCCAUGAUUUACUAACAAUAUGCAUAUGUUCCAAUAAAAUGAGUGAUAUUAUAUAGCCAUUACUUUGUCAUGGAAAUGGAAGCUGUCUAUUAGAAGUGGAUCUGUAUUAGGCACAUUUCUACUGUAUAGACUUAUAUAGCUAUAUAGCUGUAUUUACUAAAUAUAUUUCAUGUGUGUGUGGUACAUUUUGGUCGAGGGUAUAGCUUUUCUGCUUUGUACAUACAAUAACUGUAUUUUAGUUUAUGAAUUUAGAAUAUUUAUCACAGAUAUCUUUAUAUACAAUAUAAAAGUCUACAUCAAAUAUUGUGCUUUAAUUUUGGGAAAUAAAUUCCUUUACUUAAUGAAUUUGAUACUACACUUAACUAAAUGUCACAGAUUAUAUGAUAUACAAUGGUGCCUUUCCUUUGUUUGGCACCAAUGAUACACCAUGAAUAAAUAGUCAUAAAAAGUGUUAACUACAUAUAAAUGGAUUGUUAUAUAUUUGAAUUGUAUAAACAAAAUAAACCUGUAUUUUCUGUUACAAUGUUCUCAUGCCACAUGUUGAACAACAAUGGCUAAAGUUUGAUAUGUAAUCAAUGUUAUUGUGAGGAUUAUCAUAAUAAAAGGAACACAAGUAUUA